AAUAUGUUCAGGGGCGCUUGGAUUUGGCCCAGGAAAGACGCCGCCGCUCUCUGCUGCUGCUGCUGCUGGGCUCCCAGGCCAAGCGACAAACCUUGUGCCGACUCCGACCGGGCGCAGCGAUGGCGACUGUCCCUGGCGUCCCUGCUCUUCUUCACCGUGCUGCUCGCUGACCAUCUGUGGCUGCGCGCGAGGGCCCGGCCCCGGGCCAGGGAGCUGAGCAACGCCAUGCGGCCACCCUGGGGGGCCGGCCGUGAGCGGGAGCCGGUGCCUUCUCGCGUGGUGCUGCCGCUGCUGCUGCUGCUGCCGCCGCCGCCGCCGCCGCCCGGUGAGUCUAGAGCACCCCCGGGCACCUGCGGCCCCCGAUGCAGCAACCUGACCAAAGCCGCACCCACCGUCGGCCCCGGGCCGGACUGCGGCGGCGUACCCGAGCCCACUGGGCUGGACGCAGCUUGCACCAAAUUGCGAUCUUUGCAGAGACUUUUCGAACCGACCACCCCGGCCCCCUCUUUGCGGCCCCCCGACUCCUCUUCCCGUGCCCCGGCCGAGUUCCCCUCCGCCAAAAAAAACUUGCUCAAAGGCCACUUUCGGAACUUCACUCUCUCUUUUUGCGACACUUACACGGUCUGGGACUUGCUGCUGGGCAUGGACCGCCCCGACAGCCUGGACUGCAGUCUGGACACCCUGAUGGGGGACCUGCUGGCCGUGGUGGCCAGCCCGGGCUCCGGGGCCUGGGAGGCGUGUAGCAACUGUAUCGAGGCGUACCAGCGGCUGGACCGACAUGCUCAGGAAAAAUAUGACGAGUUCGACCUCGUGCUGCAUAAAUACUUACAGGCAGAAGAGUACUCAAUCCCGUCCUGCACGAAAGGCUGUAAGGUAGGGACCGGCGUCCGCGGCCACAACGGCGGCCUCGGAGGCGGCAGCGGUAGUGGUGGGACCGAGAGGGGGCUAAAAGGAAGUCUUUCCUCCUAA